GACAGUGCCCGCACCAGAACAGGACAGUGCUUACCACCAGAAAGGAGCUUUGAGAGGUGAUCAGGUACCCAGAGGCUUCAGCAUUGCUGUCUUCCCUUCUCAAUGGCGUUUCUGGUGUCCACCUCAGGAGUCUCCUUGGCCAGCCCUGAAACACUUGAAAAUUAAACAGAGAAUCCACUGCAUAUAUUCUUCUUGAAAAUUUCCAUUGUAUAUGUUCAGAACGUUCUGAACAACGAUAAGGAUUUGAAGGCGCUAACAGAGCAGGGGACAAGCCAAAAGGACAGCAGUAGAUGCGGAGAGGCCAUGGAACAUCCACCAAGCAGAUAAUCAUCGCUGGAAUAACUGGAGGUGUCUGAAUGUAGGCUGCAGAAGUCCUGAAGGUUGAUGGAGGGCCAUGCUAUUCAAACAGCAGGCAUGGCUGAGACAGAAGCUCCUGGUGCUGGGAAGCCUUGCCGUUGGGAGUCUCCUGUAUCUAGUCGCCAGAGUUGGGAGCUUGGAUAGGCUACAACCCAUUUGCCCCAUCGAAGGCCGAUUCGGAGCCCGUGGUCAGGCUGAAUUCCCCCUGCGCGCCCUGCAGUUUAAGCGUGGCUUGCUGCACGAGUUUCGGAAGGGCAACUCUUCCAAGGAGCAGGUACGCCUUCAUGACCUGGUCCAGCAGCUCCCCAAGGCCAUUAUCAUCGGGGUGAGGAAAGGAGGCACCAGGGCCCUGCUUGAGAUGCUGAACCUCCAUCCGGCAGUGGUCAAAGCCUCUCAAGAAAUCCACUUUUUUGACAAUGACGAGAAUUAUGCCAAGGGCAUUGAGUGGUAUAGGAAAAAGAUGCCUUUUUCCUACCCUCAGCAAAUCACAAUUGAAAAGAGCCCAGCAUAUUUUAUCACGGAGGAAGUUCCAGAAAGGAUUUACAAAAUGAACUCAUCUAUCAAGUUGUUGAUCAUUGUCAGGGAGCCAACCACAAGAGCUAUUUCUGAUUACACUCAGGUGCUAGAGGGGAAGGAGAGGAAGAAUAAAACCUAUUACAAGUUUGAGAAGCUGGCUAUAGACCCUAAUACCUGCGAAGUGAACACGAAAUACAAGGCAGUAAGAACCAGCAUCUACACCAAACAUCUGGAACGGUGGUUGAAGUACUUUCCAAUUGAGCAAUUUCACAUCGUCGAUGGAGAUCGCCUCAUCAUGGAACCCCUGCCAGAACUUCAACUCGUGGAGAAGUUCCUAAAUCUUCCCCCGAGGAUAAGUCAAUACAAUUUGUAUUUCAAUGCUACCAGAGGGUUUUACUGCUUGCGAUUUAACAUUAUCUUUAAUAAGUGCCUGGCGGGCAGCAAGGGGCGCAUUCAUCCAGAGGUGGACCCCUCUGUCAUUACCAAAUUGCGCAAAUUCUUUCACCCUUUCAAUCAAAAAUUUUACCAGAUCACUGGGAGGACAUUGAACUGGCCCUAAAAUAAUGUCGUACAACACUAUGUGUUGUGCCUGGGGACACACAAUGUCUCAUCUGGAUUAAAAUAUGCACUUUUCCUAUAGACACAACUGUCCAAGUCAUUUUUCCAUGUAUACUUGUACAUACGCAGUGUGUGACCAAAUAUAAGAUCAGCUCUUUUUCUACUGAAAAUUUACAAAAAAACAAAACAAAAAACAAACCAAUUUGCUAUCUACAUAGUUGCAUCUUUUAUGCUAUUUACAAAAAGAAGAGGUGGUGGUACUGGGGGAAAGUGACUUCAGCUAUUCUCAAAGACUUAGUCUUCCUUUGAGUCAGAAUUUGUCGCCUGCCAUUUUCAUAGAUUUAAGCCAAAAGAUUAACAUGUGAAAAUGUACCAAUGGCUGUGAAGUUUCAGGAAGUAGAGGAUUCGGUUAUGCAUUCUUUUCUAAGGGAAAGCUGACUCUUUAAUUCAGAUGCUGAAUUGAUGCCAUGAAAACAGAGAAUACUAUUUUCUUCUUAUUUAAAAAAAUGUCUUAUCUCAUAAAAUUGACAUCGUUCCAAAGUUCCUGCGGUGAUUUUGCACUAUCGUUUUCUCAUAUGGACCAUGGUGUCACUUGUAGCAUGUCAAUCACACAUCGGAAAGUCAAGUCCUUUUACUUCCGUGUUCUAUGUCAAUAAAGAGAAAUGUCAUGUACAUAGUGUAUAUAGUUGUAAAUACUGGUUUCACACUAAGUAAUUCUAUUUUGUAAACUGAAUAUGGCUAUUUAAUUUAUUGUGAAAAUUAAAUUUAUUGUGGUAUUUAAAAGAUGGAAUGGAUUAAAAUUACUCUAUGUGCAAUUUUUUUUGACUCAUUUUGUUUUAUGUGCCCCUUGCUGGCUCCCAAAGU